AUGCAAUUAAAUGAGAAAAAACUCGCGUAUGAGGCGGCGCUGCGGGAAUUUUGCCAGGGCCAUUCGACGCGGCUCAAAAAGACGACGAAAGGCGAUCCGGAAGCGGCGCCGGCGGUGUUCUCCAGCUCCCUCCUCGCGGAUUUUUUUUCGAACGGCGUGCCCGAUAUCGAGCCGUGGGAUCGGUGGGCCUUUGAGCUGCCGAGGUACGAUCCGAAGGCGUUAAUUUCCAACAAAUCCACGAAGCGAUCCAAUUCGGCCACCCACGCGGCAAUUCGUGGGGUGAUGGAUCUCGAGCACCAUGCGAUCCUCCAAAACUCCUUCUACACCCUCAACUGCCAACAAUCGACAGCGCAUACGACCCCUGUGGAGGCGAAACUCAUAAAAACCAAGGACGAGCUUCGCAAAGAGCGGCGUGAGCGGUUAAAACAAAAGCAAGAGCAGGAACGUCAAGAGCGUCUGAAGGGAAAUUCGGAAAACGACGCCGCCGCGCACGCGGAUCAGCUUCGCAGCCGUAGUUUAGCCCUGCAUUUAUUCAAUCACAGCGUGUUGAACCCUGUGGCGACCGAAAAUCAGAUCUAUGACCAAUAUCAACAGCGCUUUAUUGAGCAUCAGCAGCGCAACCACGACCGCCACGUCGCCGCCCUCCCGAAUCAAAUCCUCAAACGCGAGAAGGAUGCGAUUCGGCAUGCGCAGGAGCGCCCGAGCCUCCGGGCGUUUCGCAUUUAUCCCAUUUUCAGCCCCGCCCACCUCGGCAAAAUUCGCAAUCUCGCGAAUGAUAACCGGCUGCGCGGGGUGAUUGUGUGGAUCGCGGGGUGCGAUGCGCUGGUGAUACUCUCCGGCGGCGACGUCGCGAUGCGGCACUUGGAAGGGUGGAUUUUGGAUAAAAUGCGGUGGGAGCAUCCGCAAACACGGGCGACCCGGCUCUGCGCGAUCCCCCUUCCUACGUUUGAUGUUUUCUCCUUUUGUGAGAAAAAAAAGCACGCGAAGGAGGAAAAGGGAAAGCGCACCCGUCUCGAGGUUGGAUCACCGGCUAACACGUCUCAGGCGAACCUUGCAGCCGCGUCGGAGGCGCAGGAGCCAAAGGAGGCGGUUUUUAUGAAUUUUUGUGAGACCAUCGCUGAGGGCGAAGCUUUUUUGCACACCGUGCCGGCCUCUGGCAGCGCGUGGAACGAUUUUUCCGCGAUAUGGCGGAUGGCUUUUCUGCAAGAUGGGCUCUCGUAA